AUGAGAAUUACCACCCGAUUCAAGCCGGCAGCAUAUCCUUUCCCACGACAAUGCCGUUUAGUCUGCUCCAAUGCCGUCUCGGUGGCAAGAAAGAUUUCUGUUACUUAUAAGAAGGCUCUGCACGCGUGCACUCCAGUCACAUUCGCUCUGGUAAUUCUGAUCGUCAUUAUCUGUGAUUCGCUCUCUUCGGUAAACGCUCUACUCUACUCUCCUCCUCCUCCUCCUCCUCCUCCUCCUCCUCCUGCUUCUGUUUGUGUAGUGAUUUCGUGUUUCGCUCUAGUUGGUAAGCGCUCUACUCUUUAUUCUGAUCGCGAUGCUUUAAAUUAUUCGGUCAUUAUCAAUUCACUAAUCUCACUUUCGGCUGGUAAUCAAUUGCUGCAGACAAUGGCUGCUGCACAAGCAAACGUCAUCGGCCGCAAGGUGUUGACACACAGUGAUAUGUUAAAUCUUGAGAUUCAUAAUGUUCUCCAGCAGCACAUUCAUUUCCACGCCAACCGACAACAACUCGUUUUCGCUACUCCAGCAGGAGACUUCAAUGUGAGGGACUCAGAAACUCGAAUGAGGCUUUCCUCUGGCGCCAAGGCUGGCUAGCCCUGUGCAGAUGCAAAUGGCUGGGGAGAAGGAGUCCGAAUCUCCUUUUCAUUUGACCCAAAUGGCGUCGAAAACCGUUUUGUGGUUAUGUUGGCACCUGAGACUCCACCGGGUUCUCCUGUUCAGAAUGAGUAGUUGAAUAAUCUGCUUUUAUGUUUCUUUGCUGAGUACUACUAAACUCUG